UCACGAUUGAAGAAUUUUUCUUAUUUAUUUGAGUUUUCAUGAAUUUUUUAUUUCAAUUGUUUUUCAGUACAUUGAAAUGAUUGCGAUUUGAGAAAAAUAUUAUGUUUUAAAAAUGGACCUACAGUAGUUCAUUUAAAUAUUUCUUCUUUCCUACGCUAUUUUCGGAAGAAUUAAGAAUUAUGAGAGAAAAAUGGAACUUCAUUUUGUACCUGAUAUGGUUUUCCUAUCUCAUACUUUCGGCUGUACUUUUAUUUGGGCAUGGCUUUUUGUUAUCCCGAAAAACUUUAAAUGAUAUAUCGCAAUGUGUAUCUAUUGAAAACGCGUGUGAAAAACUUGAUUCGGCGGCAAAAUAUGAAUCGUGUCAGAAUGAAAAGCUUAAUAAUAUUGUUUUAAGUUCUGGUUCUGCAAUAACAUGUUCUCCGAUUCGAAAUAGAGUUGUGUUUAUAUUAGUGGAUGCAUUGCGUUACGACUUUACAGAAUUCAAUGGCAACUUAGAAAACCCAUUGUAUUAUCAAAACCGCCUGCCUAUCAUUCACGAAACUGUAACAAAAAGGCCUAAUAAAUCUAGGGUAUUUCGUUUCAUGGCUGAUCCGCCAACAACGACUCUUCAACGCAUUAAAGCACUUGUCACGGGUUCCCUACCUACUUUCGUUGAUGCAAGUUCGAAUUUUGCUGCAAUGGAAUUACAUGAAGAUAACAUCAUUGACCAAAUCUACAGAAAUAAUUUAAAAGCAGUACUGCUCGGUGAUGACACUUGGGAAAGAUUGCUGCCGGGAAGAUGGUUAAGGUCACAUACCAUGUACUCAUUCCACACCUGGGACUUAGAUACAGUUGAUACAGAAAUUGAUUCAAAAAUAUAUGAUGAACUAGCUAAGGAUGAUUGGGAUCUUCUAAUAGCUCACUACUUGGGUGUUGACCAUGCCGGACAUCGGUAUGGUCCUAAUCAUCCAGAAAUGGCACGUAAGCUGGAUGAAACAAACGAGAGGCUGAAGAAAAUUAUUGAAGCACUGCCUACAGAUGCCAUUUUGUAUGUUAUUGGAGACCAUGGGAUGACAGAAACAGACUCACAUGAAGGAAAUGUAGGUGAUCACGGCGGGGAAACAAAAGCGGAACGUACAGCCGCCAUAUUCGCGUACUACGGCGGUGAGAUGGGAGGUGCAGGUGAUGAUAUAUUGGUCGGUCGAGAGAUCCAGCAGACGGACUUGGCUCCCACGAUAACUUCUGCACUGGGAACGUCGCCGCCGGCACCUUCGCUAGGCACUGUGCUGAUACCAAUCUUACCCAAAAUGGAUAUGCAGCACACGUUGCUUCACUUAAGUAAUAAUUUGAAACAGAUAACUCAAUACUUAGUCCGUUACGGUGAAGAGUCUCAGCAAGUAUCAUUGGAUAGAUUAGCUGAGUUGAUCAAUGUGACCAGGGACCAUAUUGAAAAAAUUGCCACAGUGAAAACUGAUGAACAACUACAGAAAUAUAUAUCUGAUGUCAGGUCCCAUACGGAUAAUAUUCGCACAGUCUUUCGGGAAGUGUGGGUAGAAUUCGAUUCUUUAGCCAUGAUGAGGUCUCUUCUAUUAUUACUACUGGCUAUAUUCUUUAAUUGGAUAAUUUCCGAAGGAAUCCCUUUAGAACGUAUUCCUUUUGUGUUUUCCAGCUCUUUUGUUCCAACUGGAUUAGUUUCUGUAGCGAUUUGCAUUUCCGUUUGCUAUAGUGCCUUUUAUUUUGCAUUGUUAGAUAAUUUAGAAAGUGCUAUUAUAUUGAGCACUGGGUUAAUAUCAGGGACUUUAACUUGUGCCUUAGUUAUUCUCCAUUGGGACGGCAUUACCCAGAAAUGGUACGAAGGCCGUACUCAUUUUUAUGAACGUUUUGCUAGAACAGCUCUAUUUGCAUCAGCUGCUGUUUUGGUAUCGAAUAGCUAUAUAAUAGAAGAAGGUACAGUUUUGUCUUACCUCUCUCUAAGUGUUCUGGGCUUGAUUGCUUGGAAUGUUGGAACUGUGAAAGCGUUAGGUCUUUGGGCGAGCUGUGGUCUUGCCCUAGCCUUAACGAGGUCUUAUAGAGGUUGUAGGGAAGAACAAGGGGACUGUUGGACUUCAGGCCAGAAUGGACUUACUGGAGAAGCUUCUAGAGGAGCCCUUGUACUAGCUUUGGGCUCCGUGGCUGCAACUGUUUCAAUUGCCAGAAGAAAUGUGAACUGGCGAGGCUAUGGUGUAGUUCUUGCUGGGAUUUUCACGUGCGCUCAUUUCGCUGUUGGUUGGGGUUCCUUGGGAUCUCUUAAUCGCUCCAGGCUGCUCGCUAGAGUUGCUUGGUUGUUUAUUGUGACGUCAUUCGGGCUACUAUUAAAGAAGGAUAGGAGUGGCCCAAUUACGCCUCUGAUCAUCUGCUCCCUUCUCUUCUAUUUAAGUAAUUGUUUAGUGUUAGGGGUAUCAUUCGCGCCAACGGCUGCACUGGCGUUAUUAUCAGGAUUCCUGUCUCUAAAUGUGGUAUCAAUGCUGAAAAAUGAUGCGACGUCGAAACUCUCGUGCUCGGCCCGGUGCAGUUCUGGUCUGGCUUGUCUAUGGUCUUUGCUGGCUUCGUACCACUACUACGGAAGUGGCCACCACCCCACUCUGAGCCAUAUCCGGUGGGCGGCGGUCUUCCAUGCAGGAGAUCCCAACUACUUCACAUUUGGACACAUUAUCUCCUUCACGUUGAUGGCACUUAAUCUAUUUGGUAUGCCAAUGAUGUUCGGCGCCUCAGUUCCAUUGCUGGCGCUGUACGGACGCAACGACUCCGCUACACUCGGACCGCGCAUGCAAAUGGCCGCUGUAUUCUCCGUUUGCCUCAAGUUUGCACUGUGCUAUGCUAUCAGGGUAUUUGCAUGCGCCCUCUCAGCUACAAUACAUUGCCGUCACCUAAUGAUUUGGGGCGUUUUUACGCCGAAACUUAUCUUCGAAGCCGGUUCUUGUGUGGCUGCUCUAGCUGGAACGUUACUUGGGGCGCUUAUAACCGUUUGGCAUUUACCGAAACAAACUAAAUCCAGUUGACGAAAGUGAAGGAAGUUUUUUUUAUAGUUGUAACGUCUUAGAAAAGUUACCAUUUGUAUAUACCUGCUUUGAAGAGAUCUAUCUUUGGUUAUGUUGAAUUCGAGAUGUUUCAAUUAUUAUCUUGAGGGCUAGGAAGCGAGCGUAAGCAUAAUGGUAUCGAUAUCGAUGUAUCGUUACGUUAAUGAGGGUAGUUUGAAAAGCCUAACAACUCGAGGGUAAGUAAUCAUUGUGGCUGUAGGUACGUGUAAGAAAGUUCAUUGAAAAUGGCACUCAGAAUGAUUCAUGUAAUUGUACCGAUUAAUGUUUUUUUAUUUAAAUUGGCCAGUGUCAAAUAUUCGAGGUCAUGUAUAACAUAUUUUAUAGACAAAUAAAAUUUUAUGAACGAUGCGGGACUCGAACCCACGACCUCUCGAGUUCGGUGCGUGAGAGUUGAACAAAGCAUACGAGAUUUUAUGACGAUACAUCACUCGAACGGUUAGCUCAGUUGUCAGAGCACUCGCAUGGAACGCGAGAGGUCGAUGGCAUCGUUCAUAGAAUUUUGUUUUUAAAUUUUAUUUGUGUAUUAAUCCUAGAAGUGAGGGUUAUCACUUUAAAAACAUAACAAAUUGUUUAUUUUAUAGAUCCACAAUGCUGAUUCUCUGCAGAACAUUACUUACUUUUAGUUAUCGUCAAAUUUUGUAAAGCCACAAACAUUUAUACAAGAGCAGUAUUACCGAUAGCUAUCGUAAUUUACGGCGUUAUGGGAGACCUAGUGUUGCGCUGUGCAACUAUCGAUAGAUUUAUAGUUUGGGCAAUAACAAUAUUGUGUUGUGUAGUAUUAUAUUGACUAAAGAGUAUGCUAGUCUAUAUUAUAGCAGAUAAUAUUGACUAAAGAGUAUGCUAGUCUAUAUUAUAGCAGUGUAGAUAGAUUAACCUUAUUCUUUGUUAAGUAACUUAAUAUCAAGAAUUUAUAUAAAUGUAGUUAUUAUUUAUAUGUACAAAGUAAUAAAUUUGAUUGUAUUGGUCUAUGGUCUGUUGUCGUGCUCGGAAUGUUUAGUUGAAUUUUAUUGUGAUAUUUUUAUAACAAUACUAAGAUGUAAAGUAAUAAUGUAAAGAUUUAAUUAGAUACAGUGGAAUAAGUAAAGAAAUAAAAUAAGUAAAUAAACUUUUAUGACGCAUAUAAAAGCCAACGCAAAAAAAACUAAAGAAUAUUUUAUAAUUCUAGAUAAACUGUGACGCACUAUGUAAAACAAAGUGAAUAUAUCAUGAGUGUAAGACGUAGCCGUCGUGCACACUACAGUAUUAAACCUGGCCUGUUGUCUUGCGUUGUUUAACAGCAAGAGGCUCUAUCCUGACGUGUAAAUUAUCGAUGGUAAUAUAGUCUAGCCAUAUUUUAUGUUACAAUUAAUGAAAAUGCAUUUAUUUUUGAAGUUAUACCUACUUGACACGUUAGGGAAAAAUUAUCAAGAGUGAAUUUUACGAUGCGCGCUCACAAUACCGUCAUGCAAAUUUGGCACCCUGACGUCAAUUGGUCAAUUAGAUGACGACCAUUUGUAAUAUACUUUUUUUUUCAAAUAAUGUAUUUUUCCCGAUAGAAGACCCUUUUCAUAAAUUGCAAAUUUGCAUUGCAAAUCCAAAUACAUACUAAUAAGACACAAUUGUAGUCGUUUGAGAAAAAUAAGUUGUAGCGAUGUUUUUAUCGUUAGAAAGAGAUAGUAAUAGAACUUGAUGCAACAAAAAGAGGCAGAUAGUGACGCCUAUGACGCAGCCAUUUUGUUAUUAACAAUAGUUUAUUAUUUAUUUGUAUCUAUUCGUAUUUUGAACCCCACCUUUUGAAUAAAUCCGGCUUGUUUUGCUGUAUUUGCGAACUGACUGGGCUAAACAAGUCGGGUAAAUUCAAAUAACAAUAUUUAGGUACAACUUUUGCCGUUGUAACUAUAUUUAUGGUCAGACUUGUUAUUAGUAUUGCAUUAGUUGGCUUAAUACUUAGCUUUGAAUUUAACAAAUUUCUUGUGUUUUUUAUUAGAAUAUUUCUCAUAUUAUGAUAUUUCAUUUAUGACCAAAAUUUUCUUAUUAUUAAAAUAAUUAACAUAUGACGUUAAUGAUUACAGUUAAGUUAUAAGAUAUAGUUACAAUGUGUUAAUUAGGUUUAAUGUUAAUAUUUUUUUUUGGCUUUGGUUUGAAGGGCGUUGUUAGCUACUACUGGUCAGCUUGCGCCAAUGGGGUGCCUGGUAUUUUUGGGUUUUCAAGAAUCUUACAUUGCAUCAUAGUGGACGUUUCACCUACAGUAGGUACUAUAAGGUGUACGUUUAGACAUUUCUUAUCUUAAAUAGAAUUUAACAGCUGUUCCCAAAAGAAACUGACCUUGUAAAGAAAUGAAUUUUAAUUUAUACCUAAAUAUUUAAAUGGAUCAAAAAGACAUGUAUUAUUAUUAUUAAUAAUUUCGUUACAUGUUUAUUACACUUUAUAAUUUUAAGAGAAUGUUGCAGUAUUAUAUUAUACUACCACACUGCCAUCUUCUAACUCCCAAAGUUGUUAUUUAUUGAAUGAAAAACUUUUUAUUGAAAUAAAUUUUAAUAAAAACA